UUUAGUAAAAACUCAGAUUUCAAGAAGCGCCAUUGACUGUUUGUUUUUUUUUCGGUUCGUGAACAUUUCGCAAAAAUUAGGGGAAAAAACCCGCACAGCGAAACCCUCUCUCUUUUUCAUUCCCUCCCCUUUCAUCAUCUCGGUCCAUUGCUGCCUUUUCCCUGCAAACCGUUGAUUGCUUCAAUUCCAAAAUGUCCAAGGCUUCAUCUUUUGUUCGCGAAUAUAAGCUCGUCAUGGUUGGUGGAGGAGGUGUUGGUAAAUCGGCAUUGACGAUCCAGUUUAUUCAGUCUCACUUUGUCGAUGAAUACGACCCUACCAUUGAAGAUUCUUAUCGCAAGCAAUGUGUAAUCGAUUCAGAAACUGCUUUAUUAGACGUUUUGGAUACAGCUGGACAAGAAGAAUACAGUGCUAUGCGUGAGCAGUACAUGCGUAACGGUGAAGGCUUUUUAUUGGUGUAUUCCAUCACUUCGAGAAUGUCGUUUGAAGAGAUUACGACCUUUUAUCAACAAAUCUGUCGCGUGAAAGACCGAGAUUAUUUUCCUAUGGUGCUCGUGGCUAAUAAGAGCGAUCUGGAAGCGGAUCGACAAGUAUCGAGUCAGGAAGGACGCGAUCUUGCCAAACAAUUUGGAUGCCACUUUAUCGAAACAUCAGCAAAACAACGUAUCAAUGUGGACGAAGCGUUCUACGAAGUCGUUCGAGACAUUCGUCGGUUUAACAAGGAACAAGAGACACGUGGUGGAGGCGGACAUGAUCAAUUUCACAUUCAGGAUGCUCCCGACGUCGCCUCGGACAAGUGCUGCAUUUUGAUGUAAAGAAUCCGGCGAACCAGUAUUGAAUGCCGUUCGUAUAACAUCGCCUGUUGUCUGUUCUUCUCUGCCUAUUGUUAUUUUUUUACUUGAUUCCUAGGUGUAUUUCAUCUUUUGGCUAUUCUUUUAUAUCUCUCUGAUCCUUGCUUAUUUUUCCCAAUCGCUCUUCCUUAUCCCCCACCUCGCACCCAACAUUUACAGAAUCAUUCAUCCACCUCUCUCCCCAAUCCCCACCCAACGUACAUCCCGCGUAAAAAUUCAUGAUUGCCUUCAACGACCCAAAACGAGCACAUGAUCCUCCAUCGCUUUCCUUUUUUCUACUUUUUUUAAUA